CUUAGUCCAAGUCUCAUUUUUCUUAACCACCUAACCUACAAUUCCUUCAAGAAGUUGUAAAAUCCCAUUUCUCCUAUUCAAGUUAAAUUUCAAAAUCAUUUGAUUACUUCCAUGCCUAAUUAUCUUUACUCAUCCUCAAUUGGGUUGUUAUUAUAAACACCACUUUUGUUCUUAAAUAUCAUAAAAAAUAGUGCACAAAAUCUUUUUAAUUUUUGGUUAAUUUUCCCUCUACGCUGCAUUAUGGCCCUUGAUUCCAUGCAUUCUUCGCUCAAAUUUACAAUACUUUCAUUAGCUUUACUACACUUUCUUUACAAACCUACAUGUUCCACCUCUAGAAGGGUACUUGAUCAAGUGAACCGGACCCAAAUGGGUUUUCGGGUUGCACUUAAACAUGUUGAUCAUGGGUCCAAUUACACCAUGUUGGAGCGGAUUCAACGAGGUAUUAAUCGAUCAAAGUUUAGGGUACAAAAGUUGAAUGCAAUGGUUUUGGUUUCCGAUAAAAGUACAUAUGAUGUUGAAUCCAAAGUUCAUCCAGGUAAUGGUGAGUUUUUGAUGAAUGUUGCUAUUGGAACUCCACCUAACCCGUUUUCUGCAAUAAUGGAUACGGGUAGUGAUUUAAUUUGGACUCAAUGUAAGCCUUGUGAUGAUUGUUUUGAUCAAUCCACACCCAUAUUUGAUCCCUCUAAAUCAUCCACCUUUUCUAAAUUAUCUUGUUCUAAUGACCUUUGUGAAGCUCUCCCUACAUCUACAUGCCAAGAUGAUGGGUGCCAAUAUUUGUACACAUAUGGGGAUUACUCCUCAACCCAAGGGAUUCUAGCGACCGAGACCUUUACAUUUGGGUCCGACUCAAAGUCCCAAAAGGUCUCUGUCCCUAACAUGGGGUUUGGGUGUGGGGUAGACAAUGAGGGUAACGGAUUUAACCAAGGUGCCGGCUUAAUUGGAUUGGGUCGGGGCCCAUUAUCCUUAGUUUCACAACUAGACGAGCCCAAAUUUUCCUAUUGCUUAACCUCAAUUGAUGGGUCCAAAACAAGCACACUAUUGAUGGGAUCCUUAGCUAAUCCCAAAGCCUUAUCAAGUAAUUCAAAAGCCACAACUAUUAUGACCACCCCAUUAAUCCAUAACCCAUCACAACCCUCAUUCUAUUACCUUAACCUUCAAGGAAUUAGUGUAGGGUCCACUCAUUUGCCCAUCAAGAAAUCCACAUUUUCGUUAAGUGAUGAUGGAACUGGUGGGAUGAUUAUUGAUUCAGGAACCACAAUCACUUACUUAGAGUCAAGUGCUUUUGAUCAAGUUAAGAAGGCUUUUACCUCACAGAUGAACCUCCCAUUAGAUGAUUCGGGUUCGGGCGGGCUUGACCUGUGCUUUAAAAUGCCUAAGGACACAACAAGUUUAGAGGUCCCUAAAUUUGUUUUUCAUUUCAAAGAGGCAGAUUUGGACUUACCAAGUGAAAAUUACAUGAUUGGAGAUACAAAUAUGGGAGUAUUAUGCUUAGCAAUGGGGAAAUCAAGUGGGAUGUCAAUAUUUGGUAAUGUUCAACAACAAAAUAUGAUGGUAGUUCAUGAUCUUGCAAAUGAGAGCCUUUCUUUUGUUCCCACUCAAUGUGACGAAUUAUGAACAUAUUGUCAUGGAAUUUGUAAUUAUGAGUUUAAAUAGCCUACAAUUCUUUAUGUUAUUGAUGCUUUCUUUUACCUUGUUUUGAAUGGUGUGUAGGUUUCAUGAAAGAAUUUGCUUUCAUUAGAUAUUUGUGCAUUGUUGUUUUAGUAUUUGACCCAUUUUGAUUAUUGACCCAUUUAAAACUAGCAUAUUUAGAAUUUUUGAAAUACUUAAGCAAAAAAAGAAA